GAUGACGAUGAGGAAAACGAAGAAGACGAUGACGAAGAAGAGGAAGAAGACGAUGACGACGAUUAGGUCCGAGCCUAGAUACCUCUUGUAGAUAGAGACCGUACGAUUAUACUAACGAGUGCAGAUUUAGGAAACCAAAAUGGAUAACCAAAUUAGUGUAGGGAGCAAUACGCGCCAUGAAUAUAGUAUGGACAUCAAGAGCAUGUUCGGAUCGGGGUGCUCAGAAACCUUGAAGUGUGCAAGGGAAGGAGGAUAAGUGCUAUGACAGUGAACUUGUUCCAGAAGCACUGCGGAAGCAGAUAUGGUAGGGUACAACGAACGGUAUGACGGGUUAGACCGGCAGGGAGACAAGAAAAAACAGAAGAAAAAGAUCACUGCUACUGCAACGGUCCCGACGCUUGCAACGACGACGACCAUGGCAGGAGAAUCGGGCGGAAUAGAGCAGUUGUUCAGCGUAUGCUGGGGCCGGUCUGAGAUUGGGUUUGACGAGUUUGCAGAACUGAUACUCGGGGUGACGGAGCGCUGUCCCGACACAGACCUGCGGGUCAUCGAGAAGAUGCUGGAGUUCGAGGACGAGGCGUGGGAGACGGGCUGCGGGGGGCUCGAUUACAGCAUCGACGAGCUCCGACGAACCGUGUUGGUGGAGGGGAUAACCGGUGGCACGAGAGACGUGGCGGACAUCCAGGGCGUCCUUGGCGGGCUGCUGGCCCGCGUGGGCGAGAUGAGUCGGCAGAUCCAGUGACUCUGCCUCGGUAAGGAGUAUAUCUUUGUCAAUAGAGAUUAACAGAACUGAAUAAGUUUAUAAAGAGAAAAAAAUGGGGGAGGACGCUUUUAAGCCUAUUGAAUAAUAAU